AUGGCUAGACUUACCACACGGAUCAACAACUACGUCGACUUCCAAAACCAACCGCGCGCCAAAAACAACGAUUGGAUCCAUAAAGACAUCGUGCGUAGCCGAAAAUUUCUCCGAGAACACAACGAAGUAAUCAUCACCAAGGCGGACAAAGGAAAUAAAACCGUCGUGAUGCUAGCAAGCGAGUACAGCGAAAAAAUGACAGCUAUGGUAAGUGACACAACAACGUACACUCCCCUAGCCACAGAUCCAACAGAAAAGAUACUCAAACGCAUCAACACUAUGUUGGACUCGUGGCACGAAAAUAAAUACAUCUCCACUUACACAAAAAACAAAUUAAAAUUGUUCAACUGCCCUCCACCGAGGAUUUACGGUCUUCCUAAAAUUCAUAAAGAAGACCGCCCGCUUCGACCGGUAGUGUCGACAGUGGGGUCAGCUACGUACCGAAUGGCUCAGUUUCUUGCCAACGUGCUACAAAACGUCGUCGGCAAAACGAAACACCACGUGCGUAGUAGCUUCGACUUCGCGUCGGAGAUCACCAAUGUUCGGGUCCCUGAGGGUUGCAUUAUUUACUCGCUGGACGUCGUGUCGCUCUACACGAACGUACCAGUUCAAAAUGUGUACGAUAUAAUUGAACAAAAGUGGCGGGAAAUUAGCGAUUACACGCCGAUACCGUGGACUGAAUUCAAACGCGCCCUUCACACAAUACUUGGAGCGUCGUUUUUUCAGUACAAUGGUAAAAUCUUCGAGCAAACUUUUGGCACACCGAUGGGCUCUCCUCUAUCCCCGGUAGUAGCGUCUCUCUUGAUGGAACAACUCGAGGAAACCGCCAUCCAAUGCCUACGAGAUAAAGGUAUCAACCUCGUGAUGUAUAAACGCUACGUCGAUGACUGUUUGAUAGUAGGUUAUGAAAACGACAUAGAUUGCGUGCUAGCCGAAUUUAACGGUCAAUGCCCAAGCAUAAAAUUUACGCUGGAAAAAGAAACUGAAAACUCAUUGCGUUUCUUGGAUCUCAAACUUUCUAGGUGUCAGGGAAAGAUUGAGAAAAACUGGUACACCAAACAAGAAAACGGAAGAUAUUUGGAUUAUUAUUCAGAAAGUCCAUAUAUACACAAAAAGAACACAGCGAUUGCAUUGAUUGACCGGGCACUGAAACUUAGCGACGUUGAAAAACGUGAAAUGAGCAUCAAUAAAGUCAACUUGUUGCAGGAUUUCUACCAUCGAAUGUACGGUCAUGCCAACGACGACACCGUAUUCAACGAGGUCCGACAGAAUUUCCGAGUGCCACAUAUACGAGUGGCCGUGUCGAGUGUACAAAUCAACGCCGGUCGCUCCCAAAAUGGGACCGCAUCUAGCAGUAAGGAUUGA